CAUCGUUAGUGUAGUGAGAGUAACGCUUCGUGUUUGAUAUGUUCAUUCGAAUGUCGAUAUAAAUAAAAGUUUUGCCUAGAAAUAGCUUCGCUUGGAGCUGUCUCUGGUAUUGAUAUGGGAAAAAUGUACCGUACCUUUCUCGUUGGUUUUCUCCAGACAAUGGUGAUAGUAUGGUUGGCCGGUAGAACUCUAGGUCAAGACAGCUUUUACUUCAACCCUCAUCCAAAGGGACAGACUGUCAUCAAUGGUCAUUCUGUAAUCCUCCGUUGUAACGUUUCCAACACAAAUCACAUAGUUUUCUGUUGGACACUUGACAGUCAUCCAGUGCUAAACGGGACGAGAAGGUUCCAGGUAGGAUCAAACUUGUAUAUCACCCGUGUUGAUCGCCGUAAAGACAGCGGCGAGUUUAAAUGUAUAGCUACGAACGUGACCUCUGGUAUCUCACUAGCCAGUCAAGGAGCCCAGUUGGAUAUCCAGUGGAUCAGUGACGUGGCCGAAGUCCAGCUUCACAAUCCACCUCGAGAAAAGGACUUGGUUCCCGGCAGAGAGCUGGUACUCCGAUGUAAAGCUGAUGGAAGCUCUAACAUCAGCUACGAGUGGUUCCACAAUGGUAACAAGAUCUCCAGAAGCAACAGGGUAUCCAUUCGCCACAGACGACUCCACAUUCACAAACUGACCCUUGAAGAUAACGGCAUUUAUUCCUGUCGUGGUGUUAAUGAAGCUGGGGUUUUAGAAAGCACCAACAACUUUGCCCUUCGUUUAAAAAGUAAACAGGUGCCAUGUAUUCUGAAGCUUCCACAAGACGUUACUGUAAGGAAGGACGAUACUGCUGUGUUUGACUGUGUAUAUGAAAAUGCUGUGUCUGUACAGUGGUACUACCAUAACAAAGAAGCCAUUCUCCACAACAGUUCAAGGUUUAUUGUGUACCCUAAUGGCUCCCUGGUGGUGUCUAGAGUGAGAGCUUCUGAUGAAGGAAUUUACCGCUGUGUUGGAAUUAGCGCUUCUAAAGACGUCCCUCAACAGGCAUAUGUGGCUCACCUUAAAGUGGCAUUUCUGCGUGACAUCACAGAGGAUUCAUUUGAGCCACCAGUAAAAUCAGGUGAGAAGACCGUGGUUCCUCAAAAUGGAGUGUUUGAAAUCGCAUGUAAGCAUCCAGUUGGUCAUCCAAAGCCCCGAAUCUGGUGGGAAGGUCCAGAUGGAAAGGUGAUCAGUGAUGCAGGCCAUGUCAGAGUGGACGGAACUAGGUUAAUAAUUCAUGCUGUUGCAUUGUCUGACUCGGGAUUUUACACCUGUACAGCAGAGAAUAUAGCAGGCCAGAAGCGAUACAGUGUUGACCUGUAUGUUUCAGGUAAACUCAUUAAGUGCGCUUUAUUGGGAUCUAGUUUAAGUGUUCAUUGUUAUAAUCUAGUUUAA